AUGGAUUUCUUCAAGAAGGCUAAGGAGAAGUUGAAAGAGGUACUGGACGACGACAAGAAAGACGACCAUCACGGCCAAGGCGGACACGAUAAUCGAAGCGCAUCCGAUUCCUAUUUCCAAGGCGGUCAGCAGAACAACAACCAACAGUAUGGACACGGCGGUGCCGCACCUCCUCAGCAAGGCUACGGUCCUCCUGGAGAGCCGCCGCUUCCUCCUGGCUGGCGCAAGCAAUGGGACGGGAACAGUCAGAGAUGGUAUUGGGUCAAUCCCAGCGGUCGUUCACAAUGGGAGCCGCCAGCUUUCUCUCCUCCGCCAAUGGGUGGUCCUCCUGGUCAAUAUGGUCACGAUCAGAACCGUGGUGCUGAAGGAUAUGGACAAUAUGGUCAAGGCUAUCCAGGCCAGUACCCAGGUUACGGUGCGCCAGGCUCUGGACCGGGACAACAUCAGGAGAAGAAGGGCAUGAAUCCAAUGAUGGCCGGUGUCGCAGGUGCAGCCGUCGGAGCUGCAGGAGGCGCCUGGAUCGCUCAUGAGAUGACCGAAGACGAGAACGGCAAUCAAGUCGCACAGACCAGCUACGCCAGCGCCCCUCCCGGUUCCGACCCCAGUAUGUAUGGCGGCCCUGGUGGCGUGCCUCCUCCUCCUCCCGAAGCGGACCCGAAUCUUUCUGGCAGUGAUCGCGAAGAUAUCGGAGAAGCGGGAGAUGAUGUUCGCGACGCGCAGCAAGACUACAAUGAGGCUCUCGCAUCUGGCAGCAGCUCUGACAUUGAGGAAGCGAGGGAGGAUCUGGCGGAUGCUCAUGAGGAGUAUCAAUCCGAGGUGGAGGAGGCCUACGAUGAGUAG